AUGAUUGCAUCCCUGUUGAGUCGCAGAGCGUUGUCGCUCGCGGUCAUAUCUCUUCUCGCAUCCUCUGCUGCAGCUGAUGUGUUUGAGAGCUUGUCUUCUGUCCCUCAAGGAUGGAGAUAUUCUCGCAAACCUCGUGCCGACCAGCCCAUCCGGCUACAGAUCGCACUGGCGCAGGGCGACACCGCCGGAUUCGAGGAGGCCGUCAUGGACAUGUCUACCCCCGACCACCCCAGCUACGGCAAACACUUCCAGACCCACGAGGAGAUGAAGCGCAUGCUGCAGCCCAGCGCAGAGUCUGCCGACUCCGUACGUGAUUGGCUUGAAAGUGCCGGUAUCACAAAGAUCGAGCAGGAUGCCGACUGGAUGACCUUCUACACCACCGUAGAGACGGCGAAUGAGCUGCUGGCAGCUAAUUUCCAGUUCUACGUCAGCAAUGUCAAGCACAUUGAGCGGCUUCGCACUCUCAAGUAUUCCGUUCCGGAUGCUCUCGUGUCUCAUGUCAACAUGAUUCAGCCAACCACUCGUUUUGGACAAUUGAAAGCCCACCGGGCUACCCUGCAUAGCCAGACGAAGGAAACUGACGCGGCAUUCCGCGCAAACGCCAUGUCUGCUAGUCCUGAUUGCAACAACAUCAUCACGCCUCAGUGCUUAAAGGAUCUCUACAAGGUCGGCGACUACAAGGCCGAUUCUUCAAACUCCAACAAAGUUGGCUUUGUCAGCUACUUGGAGCAGUACGCCCGCUACUCCGAUCUCGCUUUGUUUGAAAAGAACAUCGCACCCUCUGCCGUGGGUCAGAAUUUCUCUGUCGUCCAGUACAAUGGCGGCGGAAACGACCAAAACUCAAAGGGUGACAGCAGCGAGGCCAAUCUCGACUUGCAGUACAUUGUCGGAGUCAGCUCGCCUGUACCCGUUACCGAAUUCAGCGUUGGUGGCCGGGGCCUGCUGGUUCCCGAUCUUGACCAGCCUGACCCGAACAACAACAACAACGAGCCGUACUUGGAUUUCCUCCAGAACGUGCUCAAGAUGGACGCCAAGGACCUUCCACAAGUGAUCUCCACUUCAUAUGGUGAGGAUGAGCAGAGUGUUCCUGAGAAGUACGCCCGUAGCGUGUGCAAUAUGUUCUCCCAGCUCGGCAGCCGCGGUGUCUCAGUCAUCUUCUCAUCUGGCGACUCCGGUGUUGGCGCAGCUUGCCAGACCAAUGACGGCAAGAACGCAACCCACUUCCCGCCCCAAUUCCCCGCGGCCUGCCCCUGGGUAACAUCCGUUGGAGCCACCACCGGCACCGCACCUGAGAGGGCAGUCUACUUCUCAUCCGGUGGAUUCUCCGACCUCUGGGAGCGCCCCAAGUACCAAGACUCCGCAGUGGGCGACUACCUCGGCACCAUUGGCGACCAAUGGUCCGGCCUCUUCAACCCCAAGGGCCGUGCUUUCCCCGACGUCGCCGCCCAAGGCCAGAACUACGCGAUUUACACGCAUGGCUCACUCACCAGCGUCGACGGCACAUCGGCCUCUGCACCGGCCUUUGCAGCAAUUAUCGCUCUUCUCAAUGAUGCCCGUCUCAAGACUAACCAAUCGCCCAUGGGCUUCCUCAACCCGUGGCUGUACUCUGCCGGCCGCGACGGUCUGACCGACAUCGUCAAUGGCGGCAGCACUGGCUGCGACGGUAAUGGUCGCUUCGGCGGACCCAACAAUGGCGGUCCUUCUGUCCCUGGUGCUAGCUGGAACGCUACUCAGGGCUGGGAUCCUGUCACUGGUCUUGGAUCGCCUAACUUCGCUGCUAUGCGGAAGUUGGCUAAUGCAGAAUAA